AUGUCCAAACAGACUUACAGCUUUUGCUUCUGUUUUCACCGCCGCUUCAGGCUCCCCGUGUCGGAGGUCCCCCCGGAGAUACGGACCCUUUUCGACCGUUACUCCGAUGAGCAUGGCGUCAUGACAGCCUCUCACCUCCGCAGUUUCCUGGUUGAUGUGCAGAAGGAGGAGAGUGCCACUGAGGAGGAAACACAGGUCAUCAUCGAUGGCCACAAGCAUCUCAGUAUCUUUCACCGAAGGGGUCUCAAUCUUGAGAGUUUCUUCAACUUCCUGUUCCGUCACAAUAAUAAUCCACCUCUUUCACCUUCUCUCGGGGUGCACCAAGAUAUGUCUUCACCGUUGUCUCAUUACUUCAUUUAUACUGGUCAUAAUUCCUAUCUAACUGGGAACCAACUUAGCAGUGACUGCAGUGACGUCCCCAUCAUCAAUGCACUGCAGAAGGGUGUAAGGGUGAUUGAAUUAGAUAUAUGGCCCAAUGCUUCAAAGGAUGAUGUGGAUGUUCUUCAUGGAAGGACUUUGACAUCUCCUGUGGCACUCAUCAAGUGUUUGAGGUCUAUUAAGCAGUAUGCCUUUGUUGCCUCAGAAUAUCCAGUUGUAAUAACCUUAGAAGACCACCUUACUCCCGAUCUUCAGGCCAAAGUGGCUGAG